AUAGAAUUGUCUUCCACUACUAACAACAGCAAUGGGAUGCUGAUGAGUGGAUAUAUUCAUCCUUUGCCCUUGAGUUCCCCAGUUUGGUUCUUUCCUCGACAAACCAGUCUUCACCAAUGACUUAACCUGUGGACUAUCAAAGCAUUUCUCAGCUCACCUACGAGAAUUAAUGAAGGAUAAGGAGUUUCAUUAAUGUUUCCAGGUUAAAGUUAUGCCCAUUCUUUAUAUGGAAAUGGAAGCAUCUAAUUUAUUUCUCUGCACCCAAGCAAGGGAUCUCCAUUUAGCAAUAGAUUAGAAUAAAAAUGGGCCACUCUUGCGUCCUCUGCUCUUUUUGCCAACAUAAACCCCUUUCCCUGAAGUAAUCCUUUUAUCAAAAAUAAACUUUUUCUUCUUUAUAUAUCCACUCUCUUUGAUUUAAUCCAACUCACAUUCUUUCUUCCUCAGUUUAACUCUCUCUGUAACUUGGGAAUCAUGAUAUUGCACUCAAAUGGUGAUUGUCAAUUUCAUUCUGCCUGCUUUCAAUCACAUUUCUCAGCAGCACCCUCACUUACUUCUCUGCCAAGUCUCCAAUCAGUUACUUCCCUUACCUCUCAAAAUCACCAGAGCCUAAGCAAUGCUUCCACCAUUCAUUAUCACUGCCUCACCACCUUAAAGGGUCACAAUUCUUAUGUAUCCGCCCUUGCCCUAGCUGGGAAAUUCUUAUAUGUGGGCUCUUCUGACAGAGCAAUCCGCUUGUGGGAUUGUAAUCCUUUAACCACACAACCUGAGCAAGAUAUUAUAAACAACAGCAUAGUAGCUGUUGGCAAGGGCGCUGUGAAGUCCCUGGUGGUUUUAGCUGACAAACUCUUUAGUGCUCAUCAAGAUCACAAAAUCCGCGUAUGGAAGAUCAAUAAUCAAGAACAUGAUCAUCAUCAACAAAAGUACACUCGUUUGGCCACAUUGCCAACACUCGGUGACCGCGCUUUCAGGCUGCUGAUGCCCAAAAAUCAUGUACAAAUCCGGAGACACAAGACAUCCACUUGGGUCCACCAUGUUGACACUGUGUCAGCUCUCGCCUUAGCAAGCGAUGCCACUCUUCUCUACUCAGUUUCAUGGGAUCGGACCAUCAAAGUUUGGCGAACGUCAGAUUUCAAGUGCCUGGAGUCAAUCAGGAACGCUCACGAAGACGCAAUAAACGCAGUGGCAUUAUCCGAGGAUGGGCAUGUUUAUACGGGCUCAGCUGACAAGAAAAUCAAAGUGUGGAGAAAAAACACCGGAGAAAAGAAACAUUCUCUAGUUUCAACUCUGGAGAAACACAACUCAGGGAUUAAUGCGUUGGCGCUGAGCAGUGACGGGCUUGUGUUGUACUCUGGUGCAUGUGACAGAUCGAUUCUGGUUUGGGAGAAAGACAGAAAUGGCAACAUGGAGCUUGCAGGAGCAUUGAGGGGACACACGAAAUCAAUAUUGUGCAUUGGUGUGGUUUCGGAUUUGGUAUUGAGUGGCUCUGCAGAUAAAAGCAUUAGAAUCUGGAGAGGGGUUGACAGAAAUUACUCAUGCUUAGCCAUCUUGGAAGGCCACAAAGGCCCUGUCAAAUGUUUGACAGCAGCCAUUGAUGAAUAUUAUAAUGACUCUCACACUGCUUAUCUCAUUUACAGUGGAAGCUUAGACUGUGACAUCAAGAUAUGGCAGAUUCUUGUUCCACCUCAUUAAACAAACAAACAAUUUAAGGAGUUUAUGUAAGUACAAUAGUGAGAUUGUAUAUUUUCUUGAGAGUUUCAACUGAUUUUCCUGGAAAUUGUGGCAAGGGCCCCAGGAAGGUUUGUCCAACAAAAGAAGGGAUGUAUCUUCCAUGCCUAAUCUUUUCAAUGGAUUAGCUUUUCUUUUAAUUUAUGAAGUGAAAUUCAUUAUAUUAUCAAACAUUAGGUUGGAUUGUGGGACUCAAAAGAGACA